AUGGCGACACAGCUGCAGCUCGUGAUGGAGGCAAACAGUAAGCUGUUGACGCAUGCAAAGGUGGUGAAUCCACUGGGAUGUUCUAUUGUAAUCGACAAGCACAUUAGGAAACCAGUUCUCAUAAUGAAAGGAAAGCCUUCGCAGACCCGUGUGCAAAUUCCACGCGAGGACUUCCCUCUAUCUUCGUUGCGAUUACACGACUCCCUUUUAGUGGCCCAGCUCUGCCUCGACUCUAUAGACCACUUCGCGCUAGAGGUCGUUGUCAGUCAGUACACAGUGAAUCGGACAAAACUGGUAAUUGGUACCUAUAUCAAAGAUCCACGUUACGAUGAGACGGCUGAUGACGUGACGACUGCCUACCUUCCCCUCAUCAUCCCACGCAACAAGUGGGUGCAGGUAGUGUUUCAUGUUGCAGGCAUCGCGCAUUCCGUGUUCAACCUCCCAUGUAUAUCCUGGAUUGACACGAUCACUCUUACCGGAGCGGGAAAGAUGUCUUGUUUGUUCGUGAGCAGUGACGAGCAGUCGUGCAUAGACGCAGCACCAGAGGGCAUGGCCCUUUUUGCGGUUCCGGCGUUUGUUCCACCGAUCUGGAAGACGGCCACUGCGUCACAUGAACAUCUGUCGUCUCCACUAGCUGUUGACACCAGGUCUGGCACCCAGUUGACAAGCGACCUCCCUUUUGUCACAACAGCCGGUCUCCGCGUUGAGUCGCCUCCCUCCGUGGCGUUAUCUCUUUCGAUGCACUCCGUAAUUCCGCAGCAGCUGCAGCCUCUGAAAGACACAGUUGUCGUGUCGCCAUCCUAUCCUCAGGCGUCAAGCAGGAGUGCCACAGGGGAGGUUGGAGCAGCUUUAGGAGAGGGCUUGUUCCACUCGUUUUCCAAAUGCGAUUACAUUCGCCUCGUGGACAACGAGGACAUAGUGGCCAAGGCUGAGCAUGCCGCCAUAUCAUGUUCGUACGGGGAUGGGCACCGACAGCAAGCAUCGCAAGAGGCCACCGCAGGCAGGCCUUAUGGGCCAGCACGAGGGACAGCGAAUAGCUCUGCAGGUGGCCUCAGCGGCUGGGAGCAGCCUCCUGAGGAACGUGCCAGUGCACCCGUCGCUGUUUCAUUGACACGUGCGAGCAAGGUAGACGCAACCAAGCGACCGUCACAGAAACUGAGAGGCAUCCCUAGCCCCCCAGGAUCAAGUGACACUGAAAGGGUGCAGCGCAUCAUUGCAUCCCGCAAAAGUAGGGUGACACCGAUGCAGAGGUCCGUUAGCAGCAGUGGCGACGAUGGACGGGGCAACGUCUCGCGGCGGCAGCAGCGUCUUCGGCGCCGUAUGCGAGUGCUGCGGGCAAAUGAGCAGAAGGCCAACAAAGCAGCAGCAGCCAAGGCACUCGUUGCGUCGGAGCUUCCACUGUCCCAGCGAGUUUCGGUUGCGGUUGCCGAGGACUCAAUAGAGGCAGCACCGGUUUGCGGAUAUGGCUUUGGAUAUCUCGGCGUACUCAAGCCAAAUGGCGAGUACGAGGAGGAUGAGGAGGCCAAUCUCAACUUGGAGGGUGCACUCACCCUGUUGACAGACGGUGAGUGA